AUGGUGGAUGGAAUUUCGGCGGGCGAAAGCGUUCGCGAAGAGUUCAAGGCGUAUGGCGACAUGCCGAAUUUCGUGCUCGUCAGAGACGGAGUUUUCAGACCAAUCAGGGGCUACCCCGAGAGUGAUGAGCUCAUCACUUUUGUGAAGAAGCGGCUGGGCCUGUCAGUGACUCACCUCUCCGCCUCAGAGGCGCACAAGGCACACUCCCUGCUCGCUGCUUCCAGCGCCAUCGCCCUCGCCUUCCUCCACUCCGUCAAGGGUCCCGAAGCAGAGGCUUUCGCAGAAGCUUCCCGCGACAUCGACGAUAUCGAGUUUAUCGCGACGACAGACGCUAACAUUGCAGCGGAAUUCAGGAUUGUGAGCAAGGAGCGACCGACAGUGGCGGUUAUUAAGAAGGAGGACGAGAAGUUUGUUGCUCAUGACGGUCCCUUCACAAGCCCUGCCAUUGCUGCCUUUGUAACGGCCAACAAGCUGCCUCUGGUUACCACCUAUGACGAGGACAGCCAGUACACUAUUUUCAAUAGUGAUAUCAAGAAACAAGUGCUGUUUCUAGCCACAAAUGAGACCUACGCGCAGCACCUGCCUGUGGUGAAAGAGGCUGCCAGGCGGGUGAAAGGACUGGCUCUCUUUGUGUAUAUCAACAGUGACCUUCCGGACUCAGAGCAUGCACUCGAGUAUUUUGGCUUCAGGCAUGGCGAUACUGCGAUCAUGGGCAUGGUAUCCAAUGAGACAGAUGAGGUCAAGUUUAAAUUCAACGGGCAAAUCACCACAGAUGAUAUUGAGGCCUUUGCCCGUGAGCUUGCUGCUGAUGCAUUGGAGCCAUACUACCUCUCCGACCCCAUCCCAGAGAAGAACGAAGGUCCAGUGCUGACGGUGGUGGGGAAGAAUUUCAAGGAUAUUGUGAUGGACAGGACAAAAGAUGUGUUGCUCAAGAUCGACGUGGAUCACUGUGACGACUGCACCGACCUCGACCCCACAUUCAAGAAACUGGCUAUCAAGUUCUCUGGCAUGCCCUCUCUGGCCUUCGCCCGCAUGAACGCACGCAACAACGAGUACCCGGGCCUGGAAGUGUCCGCCUUCCCCACGCUGCUGCUCUACCCCGCCAAUCGAAAGUCUGACCCGAUCGACACACACCACACUCGACUCGGCCCGUUGACCGACUUUGUUGUGAGGAAUGCUGCCAUUCCGGUCAAGAUGCCCUCUGAGGCGCCGCCUCAGAAGCCGUCCCAGCGUUCCAAGUCUAAGGAGGAGGCGGAAGAGGAGAAGGAGCUUCACCUUGACCUCGAGGAGGCAAAGGCACCGACGAAGGGGUCUCAUGAUGAGCUUUGA